UUGCUAGGCAUGGAGUAUCUUGAUGCAAGAAUUAAGAACUCCAAGAGUUUCAGAGACGAUUGGACUCAUAUACGCGAUUUGUACUCUAGAAAACUGUGGCACCAAUUGACGCUGCAGGUAUUGGAGAGCCUGAACAAACCUGGGUUUACGGCCUCACUUGAUUUAAAUGAAGUAGUAAUCGAUCUUAUUGAUAUGAUAGGCAAUGAUAGGAUUAAUCCACUUUCUCUAGCUGAAAUUUUGGUUCCCAUGAGCAAUGAAAUGAUCCGCAAAGCACAAUUAAAUUUCUGGAGGAUAAUCGGGACAAACAUGAAUGAUGAGGCUCUAAUCUUGGCUCAAUCGACUAUUGGCAUGGUUCGACUCCUCGUACUUCAUGAUCUACCUGGUGCUCGUGAUAUCAUCGAAGCCACGGGUGACAUCUUGUCAAAAAUUGACGGGGUUACUCCUGUUCAUUCACGCUACUAUCGAAUGAGCUCACAGUACUUCAAAGUUAAUAUUGAUUUUGGACACUAUCAAGAGGCUCUUCGGUUUCUUGGUUGUACCGAUUUAUCCGAACUCUCUGAAUCGGAAAAGCAGGAUUGGGCUUUUUCAAUCGGUCUCGCGGCUUUGCUGGGUCGGAACGUGUACAAUUUCGGGGAAUUGAUAUCACAUGAGAUUUUAGAGACGCUACGAUCAAAGCCAGAUAUGGCAUGGCUUGUAGAUAUGCUGCACGCUUUCAACAAGGGAGACCUUGAUACCAUCAUGCAGCUCCGGCCUCAAUGGUCGGCAGUAAAGGAUCUGGCGGAAGCGUGUGAGCUUUUACAGGAGAAGGCCAUUCUUCUCGCUCUGAUGGAGAUGUUCUUCCGUCGACCGCCGAACCAACGCACCGUUAGCUUUGCAGAAAUUGCGGCGGCUACCAAGUCUCCGCUUGAUAAGGUGGAAAGCAUAGUGAUGCGAGCACUCUCCCUUAAUCUCAUGAAGGGGCGCAUCGAUGAGGUAAAUCAGAAAGUCACCCUCACUUGGCUCCAGCCCCGUGUCCUCGACCUCGAUCAGAUCACCAGCAUGGCAAAUCGAUUGACGGAGUGGCAGAAGUCGGUAACAACGGCGCGCGACUUGGUCUCCGUGGACGCGAAGAAGCUGCUUGUUUGA